GGAUCCUCCACCAAUCAUUGUACCUUACACCUUCUGUAUCAUCUGCAGAUUCAAGCUCGCAUUUUGCUGCGGUUCCACUGGUUUAUGCUCCUCUUUUAUCCCUCGAAAAAAAAAAAUCAAGAUGAAAAUUCAAUGCGAUGUUUGUGAGAAAGCCCCUGCGACAGUGAUUUGUUGCGCGGAUGAGGCAGCACUUUGCCCAAAAUGUGAUAUUGAAGUCCAUGCCGCCAACAAGCUUGCAAGCAAGCACCAGAGACUUCUUCUUCAGUGCCUCUCCAACAAGCUUCCCCCAUGUGACAUUUGCCAGGAAAAGGCAGCCUUCAUUUUCUGUGUUGAAGACAGAGCUCUUUUUUGUAAGGAUUGCGAUGAACCUAUCCAUUCAGCAGGUAGCCUUUCUGCAAAUCAUCAGCGGUACCUGGCCACUGGAAUCCGAGUUGCCCUGAGCUCUAGUUGCUCUAAGGACAAUGAAAAGAGUUCCUUGGAGCCUCCCAAUAGGAGUGCACAACAGAUCUCCAUGACAAUACCCGCACAGCAACAACCAAACUUCUCACCUCCGUGGGCUGUCGAUGACCUGUUGCAAUUUGCAGAGGCUGAAUCUCCUGACAAGAUGCAGAAGGAACAACUUGAGCUUGGGGAGUUCGAAUGGUUGGCAGACGUGGGUCUGUUUGGUGAGCAAUUACCCCAGGACACUUUUGCAGCAGCUGAAGUUCCUCAGCUUGCAAUACCACAGUCAACCAGUGUUACCUCAUACAGACCUGCCAAAUACAACAUGCCCCUGAAGAAGCCUAGGGUUGAAAUCCCAGCUGACGAUGAUGAUGAGUUCUUCACUGUGCCAGAUCUUGGCUAACUCUAGAUGGAGACUGGAAUC